UACUGUGUUGUAAUGUUACCUCUCGAAACUGACAUACUAGCAUUUAUUGUUUUUUAUGGCCCCUUGAGGUGGCGUUUGAAGGAGACACCAGGUGGCAUGUUUAGGGUUUAAAAGUUUGAUGCGGCUGGAGUAGACAGAACUUAUCUAGUGGGGAGUGGAGGACUGGUGCUUCUGUGGACUGUGAGCCUUUGAGCAGCAACCCAGCAAUGGAUAAUUCAGCAGUCUGUUUGGCCAAUGCCACAGUUUGCAAUGGCACGUCCUGUGUGGUACCGGAGAGCAACUUCAAUGCCGUUCUCAGUGUGAUCCUCAGCGCCGUCUUGACUACCCUGUUGGCACUGGUGAUGUUCUCUAUGGGAUGCAAUGUGGAAAUCAAGAAAUUCCUAGGGCACAUAAGGCGGCCGUGGGGCAUCUGUGUGGGCUUCCUCUGCCAGUUUGGAAUCAUGCCCCUCACGGGGUUCAUCCUGUCAGUAGCCUUUGACAUCCUCCCCCUCCAAGCCGUGGUGGUACUCAUCAUGGGAUGCUGUCCUGGAGGAACCUCCUCCAACGUCUUGGCCUAUUGGGUUGAUGGCGACAUGGACCUGAGCAUCAGCAUGACCACGUGCUCCACGCUGCUCGCCCUGGGGAUGAUGCCGCUGUGCCUCCUAAUCUACACCAAGAUGUGGGUGGACUCCGGGGACAUCGUCAUUCCCUACGAUAGCAUAGGUACGUCUUUGGUCGCUCUGGUUGUUCCUGUUUCCGUUGGAAUAUUUGUUAAUCACAAAUGGCCCGAUAAAGCCAAGAUCAUACUCAGGAUUGGGUCCAUCACAGGCAUCAUUCUGAUCGUGCUCAUAGCCGUGGUCGGAGGCUUCCUGUACCAGAGUGCCUGGAUCAUCUCGCCCAAACUCUGGGUUAUAGGAAUCAUAUUUCCCUUCGCCGGUUACUCCCUGGGCUUUCUUCUGGCUAGAAUAGCUGGCCAGCCCUGGAACAGGUGCCGAACGGUUGCUUUGGAAACAGGGAUGCAGAACGCUCAGCUGUGCUCUACCAUCGUCCAGCUGUCCUUCACCCCUGAGGAGCUCAACGUCAUCUUCACCUUCCCACUCAUCUACAGCAUCUUCCAGUUGGUCGUGGCAGGUCUAUUCUUAGGACUGUAUGUAGCACACAAGAAAUGUUUUGGAAAAAACAAUGUGGAACUUCCAGACGGCAAAGACAUCGAACCACUCCCUAAGGCAUCCUUCAGCAAGGCGAAUGAAGCAUUUCAACCAGAUGAAAAGUAAACACCAGUGGACCAAAAAGAAGAACUCUAAAGAACAUGCUUCAGCUAUAAAAAAUAUUUAAUUAUUUGUUUUGAUGGGAUAUUUGUCAGAAAAAAAAAGUUAAAGAAAAAAUUUAAGUUUGAAUUGAAUCCAUAUAUUGGUUUUGCUACCAAGUGACUGGUCCAGAUCUUUCAUGUGACAGAUAUAUAUAUAUAUACACACACCGUCUUUGAAAUAAGCCCAAAAAGUAUUCUUGGACCUCAGGCUAAAGCUGACAUGGGAGACACUGAGAAUUUAAUAACCAAAUUAGAAUCAAGCCCAGAUCCCAUCAGGGAUUUUGUACAUCCGUUGCUCUGCCUCCUGAGUCCAAUGAUGCCCACUUGAUUUUUUUUAGGAAAAACAGAAUUAUUUCAAAUGGCUUGUAUUUGGCAACGCUCUUUCAGCCCUGGAGAGAGAUUGCCUCAAGGCUCGCCUGUUAGUCGCAGGUCCACAUUAGCUAAUACGACAGCUCUCUGGUUCACACCUCAGAGCAGGGAGGUGGCAGGAGGCACAAAGGCAGGAGACACAAAGACAAGAGAAGUAUUGGAAGAAACAUGAUGACUCUAGUGGGUGAAUCCCAGUCAAUGGGAGAUGAAGGAAAAUACACGGAAAAGUACAAAUAACAGCAAUUUGGUUGAAGGGCAAGACUAGAGUCAAUUAGAUGUGCAGAAGAAUGAGGUCAGGGAGCCAUGGGAGACAUAAGCAUUAAACAGUGUUCGAGGAUGAAGAGGACAUGCCCAGGGCCCAGAAGGCGGAAGUGCAUUGCCAAGUGAGCUCCUAAGAUGCUGUCAGUAGGUGUAUCAAGAGGAAGCAGAGAGGAUUUGAACAAUGGCAACAGUUUUAUGGCAAAAGAGAAACAGCUGGAGAGGGUUGGGUUCUCAAUGACAGGUCUGAUUUAUCCUCCCUCCCCUCACUCCACGGCAAGAGGCGGAGCAUUCUUAAUCCAGUUCACAGUGGUUUAGUUCCAUUUUCCAUUCGGACACUGUCACUGCCUCAUAGACUCCCUUUCAACUGCGUUGGCUUCAGAGAGCCUCUUGCAUUUGGAUGAUGUGAGUUCAGGUCCUGCUGGUGCCCCUCAGCGUUACAGGAACACGAACGUCAACGCUUAACUUAGUUCUUCCAAGACAGGGAGGAGGCAUGUUCUUUUAAAAUGUGGCACUUGUACCUUUUUAUACCAGGUUCACAUUUACCAUUGAGUAAAGCUUCUAUAUUUUUCCAUCAUUAGACAAACGCGUUAAAAGAAACACAUUAAAAGAAACUAGGGAUUUUUUUUUAAAGGAUCGUAGAGGAGAGGUGGUCCAGAUUUUCCUAUUACGGAGGCCAAACAAUCUCCUUCCAACAGUACAAAACGAGAACUUUCAGUCUAUCUGUCAAGUACCUCCUACACUGUCCUCAAAUGGAACACAGGCAGGUGCACUAAAGACACACUGUGAAUUCAUAUCAUCAUUUCAACACCCCCGAAGUCAAGGGCCUGGACGCAGCAGGCGCAGCAAGCAGCUUUUCCCUCCAUGCUGAUCAAGAUACAGACAACGGAAUCUGGCUCUCUAACAUGUUGCCGUAUCUUGUGAAUUGUGGGGUUUUUUCUUGUGCUAGAUGGAAGAAAAAUAGCUGAACUUUUCAAAAUGAAAGCACUCUAUUUUUAAAUGAGUCUGAGAAGCUGAUUAAAUUAUGUAUUUUAUUGCCUCUGUGAGUAUCAUAUUAAAUGAAUAUUUUAUUUUAAAGGCUGGA